UGCCACUACAGACUCCAUCCAUCCAUUCACUGCCAUUGCGCCUGAAAAAGAGCGAACGGGCAUAAACCAUGAUGAUGCUGCUGCUGCUGACCAUCGUUACUUCCAUCACCAUUACGACUACUAUUACCACUGCCACCCAGCAAUAGGCCCAAGUUGGUUUCUUUCCUUUUACUUACACCUCACCUCAUUGCUUGCGUUUCGUCGUGCAUUAACAAACACUUCGUCUUCCUCUCUUACUACCACACCCUUCGUUUGCUGCAUACAUAUUUGCGCUACAUCACCUCCGCAUCAUUUAGACCUCGCAACCUCAGAAGCCGUUCUCCUCCUCUCAUUGCAGCCUAUUGGUUCUCACAAACGCACGGCCCUUGCUGCUGCAAGCACUUUCAGCAUGAAAUACUCCUCAACAGUGGUGGCACUGGCCGCCGUAACAGCACCUCUUGCGUCGGCCCUCGCUCUCGCCACUCGCACUUCCUCCCCCAGAGUCCUCAGCCUACCUAUUCAGAGACGGAAUAACCCAGAUGUACUUGCAAAUCACCGGGCAAGGUUACGGAGAAGAUCAGGGACAGUAACAGAGACGUUGGACAAUGAGGAGAGUCUGUACUACGCCAAUCUCACGCUUGGAACACCUGCACAAUCUCUACGAUUGCACAUCGACACAGGCAGUUCCGAUCUCUGGGUGAACACUGCCAACUCCACCUUUUGCGAGGAAUCGAGCGACCCUUGCGAAGGCGGCACUUACAGCACUUCCAGCUCGUCAACCUACAAAUACGUCAACAGUGAGUUCAACAUCUCGUAUGUCGACGGCACUAGCGCAGUCGGCGACUACGUCACAGACACCCUGACCUUUGGAGGCGAAACACUGGAAGACUUUCAAUUUGGCAUUGGCGAAUCAUCUACCUCAUCUCAGGGUGUAUUGGGCAUUGGCUACGCUUCCGAGGAAGUUGCAGUCAAUCGAGCCGGGCUUGAUCCCUACCCUAAUCUGCCAGUUGCAUUGGUCGACGCUGGACUCAUAGCCUCCAAUGCCUACAGUCUAUGGCUGAAUGAUCUGGACUCGUCUGAGGGGAAGAUCUUGUUUGGUGGCGUUGAUACUGCCAAAUACUCGGGCGACUUAGCUACCGUACCCAUCGUUGAGAUAUACGGCGGCUAUUACGAACUCCUCAUUGCCUUGACAGGCCUGGCUAUCCCGGAUCAAAACCUGUCCUCGUCCAGCUCUUUGCCUGCAGCCGUUCUGCUCGACUCUGGCUCAACUCUCACUUAUCUUCCCACCGACAUCACCGAGACUAUCUUCGACAAGCUCGACGCGGUUUACGAGUCGGAUCUAGGUGCUGCGUACGUCGAAUGCAGCAAGAACUCCGAUAAUUUGACCAUCGAUUUUGACUUUUCCGGCAAGACAAUCUCGGUUCCCUACGACGAGCUCUUCCUUGACGCCGGCACCAACUCACAAGGUCAGCCUUUGACCUUCUCAAACGGAGAAACAGCCUGCUUGUUUGGAAUUGCGCCGGCAGAUGAUAGUACUGCGGUUCUGGGCGAUACAUUCCUGCGAUCUGCGUAUGUCGUCUACGACCUUGCCAAUAACGCAAUCUCACUUGCUCAAACUGUCUUCAACUCGACCUCCAGUGACAUUCAGGAGAUUACCAAGGGUACAGAUGGUGUUCCUGGUGCCACUGCCGUGUCCAACCCGGUCACAACGGUCGCAGCGGGUAGCGACGGUGCUAGACUAGGUGGCACCACCGCUACCGUCACAGGCUCGAUAAGCGCUGCAUCUAUGGCCAACAUACCUCCUGUGUCACUGCUCGGUGCUAUCGUCGCCAUCGCAGUUGCCGUGCUGGCCGGCUAGAUUGCAAACAGAAAAAGUUCAACACCUGGAUGGUACUCCUAAUUGUACAUGGCUCUCUUCAGGACAAAUGGGUUAUUAGAGUGUUGGGAACGACUCGACGACAUGAACGACUUCGUAUGCAGCCAGCAGCUCUGGCUCGAUGAUAGACUGGACUGGGUCUUUGCAGCACUUUCCACAGCAUGGCAUACUUGCAUUGGGAUAGCGACAGCGGGUGUGGAAUUCGAGCAUUGCGCGGUGUUGUCAGGUGUUGGCACCACAGCUUCAUUGUUACAAGCGUAGCAGCGUUCAGGAUCGCGCGCAUAUUAGACUUAUUAAUUGGCCUCCUUUUCCACAGAGAAAAGUCAAGGAUCAAUAAUGAAAAUUAAUUAUCUUUCGACG